AUGCGCUCCAAAUCCUCGAUCGGGGCCUUUGUUGCCGCCAGUUUCUUGGGUCAAUCCUUUGCCCAAGCUCCCGAAUAUGGAGACAGUGGUGGCAGUCCCGCCCAGGGCUCAGAGCUUAAUACAUACGGUGGCUCAUCAGCUACUUCAACUUGUGGUGCUGAGAAGACUACCACUGUUUUCGUCACAGUUCCCACUGGUUCUGGAAAUCCUUCAGAGAGCCAGAGCGGUGAUCAAAACCCUGGUCAUUCGGAGCACACUGUGACGCGAAUUCUUCAAUCCACUGCAACUGUAUUCGUAUCUGAUGGAAUCCCUCAUUCGAGUUCUGGCCCCUUUCUUUCUGCCGGCCCCCCUUCUCAAUCUACACUCUCAUCUGUACCCAGCAUAAGUGGCUCUGGUAUCAAACCCUUCACUACUAUUACCAUUGACAUUUGGGGUACCGCGUCUGAUCCUGCGCAUGGCUCUAAUACGCCUGGCACCGGGUCUGCCACUGAUUAUCAACCCACUGCUUCCACGCAAGGGGACUCCGGAUCUGCCACUGAUUACCAAUCCACUGCUUCCACGCAAGGGGACUCCGCUACUUCUACUUCUCCUGAGUCGACAUCACAAACUGACUCUGACACCAACCCCUGGUCCACGGUAACUGUUGUUGGUAGCGGAGCUACUCACCGGACUUCAUCUUCUACACAAGCGAGUGAAGGUGUUUCGACUUUCUCAGACACAGACGCAGCACAGACUUCUGCACCCACCGCCUAUGACAGUUCUUAUUCUGGAACUGAGAAUCCUGCGCCCACUGUGGUCACUGAUACAGAUGUGUAUUGGACAAUUGGCGCAGAUGGACCGACCCAGGUUACCGUGCUCUCCUCAUACACUCUCGCUACGGAUGAACCUUCCAUCUCAGUACCAGAGGCCUCCACAACUGGUGAUGCUUCACCAGGAGAAAGGAUUACUGUCACUGGCGCUGACGGAAAGCCUACUGUGAUCAUCAAUGCGAGCAGCAUUUCCGAAGGUGAUGGCCCUGAACCAACAGCCACCGAGAGCUCCCUUCCGCUACCGGAUAACACUCUCCCUGGAGGAAAGACCACUGUAACUGGCGCUGAUGGAAAGCCUACUGUGAUCAUCAAUGCCAGCGCCAUUUCUGAAGGCAAUGGCCCAGAGCCAACGGCCGCCGAAAGCUCUCUUCCGCUGCCAGGUAACACUGUCCCUGGAGGAAAGAUCACCGUCACCGGUUCCGAUGGAAAGCCUACAGUGAUCAUCAACGGAGGCGGCACCUCUGGAGCUGGCCCAACACCAACAGUCACUCAGCCCUCUGACAACAACCUCCCAGGAGGAAGAGUCACUGUAACUGGUGCUGACGGAAAGCCUACUGUCAUCAUCAAUGGAGCCGAUUCUGGAGCUGGUCCAACACCAACAGCCACUCAACCCUCUGACAACAACCUCCCAAGGGGAAGGAUCACUGUAACUGGUGCUGAUGGAGAGCCUACCGUGAUCAUCAAUGGAGGUGGCAUCUCUGGUGGUGCUGAACCAGAACCUACACCCGCCCAAACUUUAACGGUACCUGGAAACGCUCUACCAGGAGGAAGUGUCACUAUCACCGGCACCGAUGGUAACCCCACGGUCAUCAUCAAUGGAGGUGGCAUCUCUGGUGAUGGCGCUGCAACCCAAACAGCCCCGCAGAGCUCGAUUCUGACCCCAGGCAACAAUCUUCCAGGCGGAAGAGUAACCAUUACGGGAACCGAUGGGAAGCCUACCGUGGUUAUCGAUGCAGGCCACAUCUCUGGAGGAGAUGGAACUCUGCCAACAUCCUCACAGAGCGCUCCUACAAUUCCCUCAUCUCAAGUUUAUGGCUCUGGUGACUCUGGAUACUCUUACCCAUUCCCAGGAGGUCCCUCUUCGGCUGUGAUCACCGGAAGCAUUCCCAAAACCACAUUCACUGUCAUCGGAACAGAUGGUCUGCCUACCGUUGUUGAAUCAACUCUGGCAACCCCAGGCAAUGCCCCGUCAACUGGUAUCUUGCCCUUCCCUACCAAUCCUCCUUUCCCUGGUUCAGCCUCUGGAAUUAGUGCUGGGAUUCCCACCUAUUUCCCUUCCUCAGCUAUUGGCAAUGGAGACAUCCCUCAGACUACAUUCACUGUCAUUGGCACGGAUGGCCUUCCUACCAUCGUCACAUCACCUUUUGAUGUUCCAGGAACAGGUUCUUUGCCUUACCCAACCAACGCCCCCAUUCCCGGGUGGCCAGCAUCUGGAUUUCCUGGGCCUUCUGCAAAUUUGCCUCCCGCUGCUCCUCAAAGUGGAAUCACAACGCAGUUCACCUUUUCCUACAUUGGCGUAAAUGGGCUUCCGACACAGGUCGAGUCUACCGUUGUUCUCUCUCCAACGGACCAAGCUUCCAAUGGUGCAAUUCCAACCAUCCCGGUUCCGCAACCAGGAUCGUCAGAUGGCUUCCCUAGCAGCGGAGGCGUGACAACUUGUUAUAGUUACACCGUACUCGGGCCCAAUGGACUGCCUACUGUUGUUGAAUCGACGGUAGUAAUCCCUACUGCAGCCCCGGUGACGACUCCGCCACUUGGAUUACCGACUCAAUUGCCAUCUGGCCAAGGGGCCCCUCAGGGCUUCCCUACCGUUGGUGAGCUCACCUCUACUUUCAGUUACACGUUCACAGGAAUUGAUGGACGUCCCACUGUCCUGGAAACCACCAUCGUUGCAACACCAACCAAUCCAGUGCCGGGAUUCCCUGGAGGUGUGCCAGGGCCCGUGAUCACCCAAGGGGCAUUUGACAGUGGUCUUCCAGGAUUUCCUUCAACCACCUGUUCCACAUUCACUUUUAUCGGACCUGACGGAAUUCCAACAGUAACAGAAUCGACAUGGACGAUUGCUGCUCCAAUCCAAACCACUUCUGCUGUAGGUGGCGCUCCUGGAGCCCCAGGCCCUCUUUCAACUUUUGGCUGGCCUUGGCCAGCAACUGGAGCUUUGCCAUCUGCACUUCCUUCUGGCUUCCCUUCAGGCUUCCCCUCCGGCUUCCCCUCCGGCUUUCCCUCAGGAUACCCUUCAGGUUAUCCCUCAGGUUAUCCCUCAGGUUACCCUUCGGGUUUUCCCACUGGUUUGCCAUCAGGUUUUCCCACUGAUUUGCCAUCAGGUUUCCCCUCGGGUUACCCUUCAGGUUUCCCCUCUGGCUUGCCAUCUGGCUAUCCUUCCGGAUUCCCUUCUAUUCCCAACGGUCAGGGAGCUCCUAGCGCCACUUGCACUAGUUACACCAUCUUGGGACCUGAUGGACUUCCUAUGGUUGUCGAAACUACCUGGACGCCACCUGCUGGCUUUCCUCAAGCAACAGGCAAUUCUCCCAAUCCUUUCCCAUGGAAUGUGCCUGUUAUCACGCCUGGCGCUCUUGGAAACCCUCAACAAACUGGCCCUCUUGGUGUGCAGCCCACUCUUGCCAGCACAACGUACACUCAGCUUGGUGCUGAUGGACGACCCACGGUCGUUGAGACAACUUGGACGGAGCUUGGGCCUCUUGGCGUGCAGCCCACUCUUGAUAGCACAACAUAUACUCAACUUGGUGCCGAUGGACGGCCUACGGUUGUUGAGACAACUUGGACGGAGCUUGGCCCUCUUGGCGUGCAGCCCACUCUUGCUAGCACAACAUACACUCAGUUGGGUGCCGAUGGACGGCCCACUGUCGUUGAGACAACCUGGACAGAGCUUGGCCCUAUCGCCACUGGUAUUCCCCAAGGACCGGGCGGCUCUGGAGCCCCCUUCCCAUGGAAUUUACCUGGUAUCACUCCUGGCGCUCCUGGAUCCCCCCAACAAACUGGACCGUUUGGCGCAGGGGCUUCUACCACUUGCACGACAUUUACCCAGCUAGGUGCUGAUGGCUUGCCAACUGUUGUCGAUGUGACCUGGACUGUUCCAGCCCCUGCACAAACUACUCUCGGAGCACCUUCUGUUGUCUCGUCAGUUGCUGGCCUUCCCCAGGGCACAUCUCCGGCUGGGCCUGAGAUCUCAGCAGUCACAACUUCAUUCACUAUUGUGAACAUUGGUCCGAAUGGUCUACCGACUCCCGUUGUUCAGACCGUUGUACUCACACCCGCUCCUAUUCCCACGGCUACUGGUGCUGGCCUUCCCCAGGGCACAUCUCCACCCGUCCCUGAGAUCUCAGCAGUCACAACUUCAUUCACCAUUGUAAACAUUGGUCCGAAUGGUCUACCGACUCCCGUUGUUCAAACUGUUGUACUCACACCCGCUCCUGUUCCCACGGCUACUGGUGCUGGAAUUCCCUUUCCUCUGCCCUCGGGUCCAGUCAUUGACACAGCGCAAAUCCAAACGCCUAGUUUAAGCGCUUAUGGGCCAGAGCUUUCGGGAUUUCCCACUAUUGGUGUACCCUUCCCGCCAAAUUUACCCUCUAUCUUCAGCAACGGCCUUCCCCCUCUCAUCACGGGCCCUUUGAGUAGCAUUUUGACUGGCCCAGGUGCAGGAACUCCCACACCUGUUUCCAAUCCUUUCGAUCAGUCAUCAAAUCUUGGAAUUCCAGGAUUCCCACUUACUCCUGGAGCCACCCCUCCAUCAUAUGGAAGUGAUCUGAAUGAUGGUGCUGUUCGUCCCGGCGCAUCAGGUCCUUUGCCCACGGAUGCAACUUUUUGGCCCUCUGCAGUUGCCUACAACACCCCAUCUGCGGCCUCGCAAGCUCUCAGUCUGCCAUGCACAACCUUGAAAACCAGUACUUGGGUCAAUAUCAUCCCGGAGCAGACGACAACUUAUACGCUCAACUAUCCAUUCACAACAUUGGCCGCUGUGACUUCUCCAGUUAAACUUAGGGGUUUCAGAAACAUUAUUCGAAGACAAUUGAGCUCCGCAGGAAUUGAUUCUCAAUGGUCUAAUUCAACCACACCAAUCUCAACGCCGUCUGCGACAUCUCCAGUGUUACAGAGCCCAACACUAUGCUCCUCCGGGGGGAAUAUUGGCAACUAUACUCUUGAUUUUGAUGACAUCGAAGCUGGUCCAUUGUACAAUCCUGCGGGCGACUUCUGGUUCUCCCAGGGAUUUUCCGUCGUCCCCCCUUCUUCCCAGACGGGCGCCUACUCUCCUUCUUCCGGCGGCCAGCUCAUCGAAUUCGUCCCUCCUUCGUCAUUAGGAUCAAUUGGCAGUGGAUCUAGCGACACAGCAGAGAUUGGUGUUGGCCCCAACUUUGCAAUUCCUUGUUAUAAAUUUAACAUUUACGGUCUGAAUCUAGGAUGCGCAGCUCAAAGUAAUGAGCAGUGGUGCGAAUUUGAGAUCGCCGCAUACGCAUAUGAUGAAAAUUCCAGAAGCGAACAAUCCUUGUCAUGGUCGGAGACUAAACGCGUUCCAGCUUGCCCCAACUAUCCAACUGGUGUGUGCAGUUUGACAUCUGUUGAUUUAGAUGGGUAUUCGAACGUCACAUCUGUUUUGAUCAGUCUUCGAGUUGGGUUGGAGUCACGCACCUGGUGGGCUGACGAUCUUCGUGUUGGCUGGACAGACAAUAGCUGCGAAGCUGCCAGCUGUCGCGCUGAUUCUUCAUUUGUUGCCCAAAAGAGAUCUACUCAGAACUCUCUUCGUCACAGACUCUGGGAACUUGCUUCUACAAAGCACAGGCGUUCUCUGGGCGGAUUUGGUGGGAAUGCUACGCAUUGA